AUGCGGAGGAGGAGUACGAAGCCCCGCCUCUGCUUAUACGGCUGCCCGUUUCUGACUGUACGUUUGCUCGACGUCGGUAACUGCGGACAAUCGUCAUUAACGAUCGAUGUUUCCCCCCUUUUAUCCGUUAAAACGAGUUCUUUCAUAUCUAUAUAUGUUAAAUCAUUAUCUAUCUAUCUAUCUAUCUAUCUAUCUAUCUAUCUAUCUUUCUUUCAUAUAUAUCUGUCUAUCUAUGUUAAAUCAUUAUCUAUCUAUCUAUCUAUCUAUGUUAAAUCAUUAUCUAUCUAUCUAUCUAUCUAUCUAUCUAUGUUAAAUCAUUAUCUAUCUAUCUAUCUAUCUCCGAAACCCAAUCAUAUUACUGGGAGAGGGAACCCAGGUGUAUGCAUAUUCAUUACAUCACAUUCUUUCUUUUCUUUUUCCUCUCAUAUACUUUCUUCUUUUCUUUUUCUUUAUAUUUCAUUCUUUCUUUUUUUAUAUUUCCUUCUUUCUUUUCUUCUUUCUCUCUUAAAGUUCUUUCAUCCUCUUCAUUUUUUUCCUUCCUUACAUAUUCUUCUUCCUCUACUUUUAUCUUCUUUCUUUUCGCCUUCUUUUUUCAUUAUAUUUUCUUCUACCUUUUCUUUCUUCUAUUAUACUUUUACUCCUUUUUCCUCUAUAAUCUUCCUUCUCCUUUUCUUUCUUUUUUCUUUCUUGUUUUUUCCAUAUAUUUUUCUUUCUCUUAUCCUUCCUAAUUUCGAUUUUUCCUUUUCUCUUUCCUGA